AUGUCGACUACAUUCUCCUCUCUCCCUAUUGUUGAUCUUUCUCCCCUUCAAAGUCCCGCUGGGCUAUCCGAGUCUGAUCAAUUAGCUCUCAGCAACAAGCUUUACGAUGUCUUCACCACAACUGGCUUCGCAUACUUGGUCAACGCACCAUUAACGUUCAAGCAUGCCGAUGUCUUUGGUCUGGCGUUGGAGUUUUUUAAUCUUCCACUUGAUGAGAAAAUGAAGUUAGUCAAGAAGACGUUCCAGCCCGAGAAUCAAAAUACAUAUAGAGGAUACUUCCCCGUCCAGCCAACUGAUGCAUCAGAUAAUCUCAAAGAAGGUUUUGAAAUAGGCCCUGAACAAGCGCGUCAGCACUCAGCUACGGGACAGGAAUCUCGCUUCCACCUAACAGAACCCAACAUCUGGCCCGACUCAACCACAUACCCUUCCCGCCCGCGCCUAGAACAGCUCUACUCUGAACUCCAAAGCCUAUCCUCCACCAUACUUUCCCUCCUCGCUUCGUCUUUGGGAAAGCCAGCGGAGUUCUUCACCCCCUACAUCACCGACUCUUUAAGCACACUACGUCUCUUGCACUAUCCACCUUCGACUUCAACUUCAGACAAUGCUACAGAAAUAUACAACGAAACAUCAGGAACACCACCCCCGGAACCUUUCGACCCUAUAAAACUAAGCUGCACCCCGCACACAGACAGUGGUAUCCUUACAUUGCUGCAUCAAGAUGCCACCGGCGGCCUCGAAGUCCAAGACUCAUCCGGUAAAUGGGUUCCAGCUCCAUACGUGCCUGAAUCAAUAGUCGUGAAUAUCGGCGAUUUGAUGGCUAUGGUUUCGGGAGGGAGGUUUGUGGCUACUAUGCAUCGCGUGCGUGCUCCUCCUCCUCCUCCUGCUGCUGCUGUUGCUCCACCUCGAAUGGGGGUAGAUAUGCAGUUUGAAGAGGAUGAAGAGUUAACGCCAAAGUUCGGACGGUUCAGUGUCCCGUUCUUCUUUGAGCCGGGCGAGAAAUGUUUUGUGCAUUCUGUCGAUGUCAACGUUGAUGCAGCCGGCAGUAAUCAGGGGGUUAUCUAUGGUGAUCACGUCCGCGCAAAGAUGGAGAGUUUCGUGGAGUACAAACGCGAUUCUUAG